GAUGAGAGGUGUGAAUAUUUUCUCAUUCAUCAGAAGUGGGUUUCAUGGGACCAGGAACAAAAUCGUGGUUGUGAUUUAAAAUUUUGCCAUAUACAUGCGUAAUUUAACUUACAAUAUCAAACAUAUUAUUUGCAUACGUAAGUGAACAUGGGGGCACGACAACGUCACCGAGGCGAAAGUUUCCAAUCAAGCCAGGGCAAGUCCAACGACAACAAUGUGACUUUAACAUUGGAUGAUACCGACGAAGAUAAGCAGUCCACAUCUCAUAAUGAUCAUCGCAAGAAGAAGAAAUCUGUCGACAAGAUUCCAGCAUCUUUUACACUAAUUUCUGUCACAGUAUUAAUCACUUUGACACUUCUAUUUGUUCGCUAUAUGGACUUGAGGCUACCCGAGGCAUUAAUGGAGUCUGACAUACCAAGCAAACCGGAAAGUUUCAUAGAGGAAAGAGCAAGACGAGAUUUACAUCAAUUGACAAAAGUUGGAGUUCGUGUCUCUGGAAGUAUUGCUACUGAUUUAAUCACGGUUCAGCAGUUUGAGGAAAUUUUAGCCAAGAUUCAGGAGAAUGUUAGCUCUGGGUGGAGCAUUGAGAAAAGUGUCCAACGCCCAACGGGUAGCUUUUGGAUAGAAGAUGAUGAUGGGCAGACAAGUUCUUAUUCAAAGAUUGCCAAUGUGAUCGCCAAACUUGAGCCAAGUGACCCCGCGUUUCGUACGAAUAACGGAAUAUUGCUGAAUUGUCAUUUUGACACAAAACCAGGAUGUCCAGGCGCCACUGAUAAUAUGAUCAGUUGUGUCGUAAUGUUAGAAGUGCUUCGUGUCCUGUCAUCCAAACCACUCCUCGUGAAUCAAAUUAGGAACCCGAUAAUUUUCCUGUUUAACGGGGCAGAAGAAUUUGGCUUGCAAGGAGCGCAUGGUUUCAUCAGGGGGAAGGAAGAAGAUCCAACUGAUGAGCGUUGGGGUCACCCCUGGGCGCAGAAUCUUAGUGUGUUCAUAAAUUUGGAAGGAGCAGGGGGUGGAGGACGGGAAAUACUUUUUCAAGCUGCUGGAGGAACCAAGAAACAGACAGGAUGGCUUUUACAAGCAUAUAAACAAAGUCCUCAUCCAUACGGAAGUGUCAUCGGAGAGGAAGCCUUUACCUCAGGACUAGUUCCUUCAGACACGGAUUUUCGCGUGUUCCGAGAUUACAAAUCACUCCCAGGCUUGGACAUCGCGUACAUAAAAAAUGGAUGGGUUUACCACACAAAAUGGGAUGUACUCUCUGAAAUCCCUUCUGGAAGUGUGCAGCAUAUGGGAGAUAAUUCCUUGGAAAUGGCCAAGUAUUUAAGCACUUUGGAUUUCAAUGGUUUGGAGGAUUCUGCAGAACAAGUCGUAUUUUUCGACGUGUUGGGCGUAUUCCUGAUAACUUACUCUAAAACGGUGGGAAUUGUAAUUAAUGUCCUCAUAUCUUUGGGCACCAUCGGGGUCAUAAUAUUCGUGGGAGGUUGGACGCUGAAAUCUUUCUUGACGUAUGCUACAUAUUUGGGAUCGACUUUAUUGGCAUGGGGAGUAGGUGCUGGGGUCGCAGCCCUUGUUGCAGUGAUGCUCAACGGGUCAGGGUAUCCAAAACCGUUCUACUCUUAUCCGUCUCUCGCACUGAUUUUAUUCGGACUUCCAGCCGUGAUUGGAGAAACUUUGACCUAUGCAAUUUGCCUUAAAGGUUCGCCAAAGGAUACUUGGCUAGCAGGGAAAUUAUCAGUGGCAGUUUUACUAUUAGGGGUCACAUUCUUCACACGAGGCGCCUAUGUGUUCCUACCACCAUUGAUAUUCGGAGUAAUUCCUUGGGUCUCUUUAAGAUAUUUAAUGAGAGGUUGGCCUAAAACAAUUAUGAUAUUCUACAUCCUUCUGGGAGAACUUAUCCCACUCAUCCUUUCGUCUUACUUGAUAUUCACUCUCACCGAUGUGUUUGUCCCAAUACUUGGCCGAGCAGGAAGUGAGAUGAAUGGCAAUUUAUUUUUUGGAGUGGCACUUUCAGCAAUUAUUUGUAUCAUAUCAGCCCCCGGACUAAUAUCACUUUUUGUGAAUUAUGACAAGAAAGUGUUGACCAUAUUGUUACUGAUUAGCGUCCUCUUACUAAAUCCAAUGAUUGUGUUUGGCUUCCUGGGGAAAAUUCCGUAUCAAGAAAAGACUCCGAUGAGAAUAACCAUCAACGAUGUUCAGCGGAUUUGGUACAGCGACAACGGCACUAUUUCGAAAUCAGAGAACGGAUACUGGUUUUGGCCCUUGGACGCUGACACGGACAAUUUAUUUCCCGAGUUGGCUAAAACCGUGGAAGAAAUUGGUUCUGCGUAUGACGAAAUAUUGGACUAUGAAAAUUGUCCCGAUUUAUACUGCAAGCAACCUUUCCUCUGGCCCACUACAAACAGAGUUAAGAAGGUUCACUGGAUACCAAAAUCGUAUCCUUUACCACAGGAAAUUACCGAUUGGGCGAGAAUGCACGUGGUAUACCAAAAUGGGUCAUCGGAACUUGGCCAGCGUCAUUUUACUCUAGAAUUUUCAGGACCACAACAUGCAACGAUUGUUCUUAGUCCGAAACGUGGCUGGGAUGCAAAUAUCACGAUUCAAGCAAUGGGUGAAAAUUUGCCUGUGGAAAAAGCAGGUAAAAUCCAAUGGAAGGGGAGGAAAGUAUAUUUUAUUUACCAUGGAAGAGGAAAUGUCGUGGAACCCUUCAGAAUGGAUGUUAAUCUUGUAAGAACCAGUGGUGACGAAGAAGAUGAGCAUGUUCUGGACGUUCAACAAAGCGCAUUAUUUUUUGACGUUACUGAAAACACGACAACUACAGAGUUUUUUGAUUUUAUGGGAAGAUUUCCAUCAUGGAUAUUUCCUGGAAUGAGUUGGACAGCAGUGAUGAAAAUGUACACAAUAAAGUAGAUAAACGCUGAGCUUGUUUUAGGUAUUGGAAAGCUAUGCAACUAUUAAUUAAUGUGUUAUUUGAAUACAUGCCAAUUCGUUAAAUUGAGGUUUGCAAAAGGUUAAAGAUUGCAUACAUAUCAUGCACAUAAACACAUGCACAUAUGUAGAUUCAUACAUCUGCAUAGUUCUGCAUGCAACAAACUAUAAUGGUCACACACUACAGGUAUUUGGUUAAUAAUUGGUUAUGUAAUUGCAUCACUGGGAAGCCCAUAAUGAAGGUGCUAAAUAUGUAUUACAAUAAAUACAUAUAGGUAGCUUUGUAUUUUUUCUUAUACUUUGCAUACCAAAUCGCACUUAUAUAUUGACAUUGAUCGAUAAUGUUGCUGAAAUAUGCAAUUAUUUCCAAGAAAAUUAGACAGAAUGGUCUAAUAGUGUUUACUUACUAGUACAUAUUUAUGUUUUAAAUGCUAAUGUUGGCGAAAAUAAAACGUCGUUUUGUCAAUUCUAUAUAUUUAUAUUUACGUACACUUAUGUAUGUACACAAGAAUAGUUUUAUCUUUUUUUGGAUACUUUCCUUUCGAUCUAAGACAAUGACUUUUUUAUAUGCAAAAUUUAUUUUUGUUUUUAUUUUAACCGUAAUUUUCCAUAAAUCUUUGCAACAAAGCCAAACUAUUGGAAAACCUUACAAAUUCGGUUCCUUCUGCUCAGUACGAUUUGUCCUCCCAUCAACCCAUAACUUUCAAGUGCAUAAUAUUCUUGAGCAUUGGGAAGAAUUUUUCGAAGUGUCAAUACGCUUGAUUGGAAAAUUAAAAAAUUACCGAGGUCAGGAAGACCUUCUGGAACAUAAUUUUAAAGAUAAUCAUAGUUUAAAGCAAAUUAGUUUCCUUAAUCGAUACAAUGAUCACUGUUACGUCCACGCUUUAAUUUUUCUAAAGUGGGAAGAAUUUAUCCAUGUCGUGCAAAAGUCUGAAUUUAAUUUCAAAGCGCAAUCCUGGUUCUUGUGGAUUGUAAAUGAAUCCACACCUUUGAAAGGGUUAGAACAAAAUCGAGAAAGUGGUGAUGAUUUACCAGACAACUGGAUCAAUAUUCCACUUCUCCUGAUUAAGAUGCGAAUAAAUAUUGCGGACCGUCUCUCCUGGUCAGUGUAUUGCUUUGAGUGCUUGCCAAGCAACGUCAAUUGGAAGUACGAAAGUUUACUGUAUGAAUCAGUGAUUCCAGAAUAUUUGGAGCAAACCAUCAAAAUGAGAUCAUACAAUAGAAUCAUGGUUGUACAAAUAAUGGGAACAGUUUUUGAACAAGAAUUCUGCUACAUGGAAAAAUUCAUCGUUCGAGACUUAUUCAAAUGUUCUCCGUUUGAGCCAAUUGUAAAUGUUUUAAAAUCAAGAGGAAAUUUUACGUUUAAAUUUGUACAAAGUGAAUCAGAUUUUGCAUUUGCUCGAAAUCAGCUUUUAUUUCAAAUCAUGUUCCUCCAACACCGCAUGUUUGAUGAGGAUGAGAUUUCAAAUCUUGUCCUGUCCAAUUCCAUCAUAAAGCAUUUGGUCAUUGAAAAAAUCCGUUUUUUGUAUUGUAAAUGGGCUGGGACGCUGUUUAAGGUGGAAUGGGACGUAUUUUUAAGACCAUUCGCACCGUCAGUCUGGAUUUUUGUGCUGGUAACGAUUCAAAUCCUAACGUGGUUUGGAUUAAUGCUCAAAACCAUCAAAUCUGUCCAUCAGUUAGCACGUGACUACUUAAAAACUUUGCUAUCGGUAUCAAUAUUUUUUCUAAACGGAAUGUUGGGCAAAGGUCAAGCAAAUAUUCCCGUCGUUAUCCUCGCAUUCGCUGCAAUCAUGAAUAUAUUUAUGGUGAAUGAGUAUCUCUCCGUUAUGACGACGGAUUUUAUCGCGUAUCCUGCCGAGCAAGGAAUCUCAAAACUUGACACUCUCCUCCACACCGAAGGAUAUCGGGUUCUAAUGGAAAACGGUGCAGACAACGCAAUUUUCAGUCUUCUUCAGAAGGACAUUGAAUCCAACCUUGAAAAUGAAUAUAAAUUAACUUUCGGAGCUAAUACUUUACAACGAGAUUUUAGCACUCGUUUCACUCGAGAAGUGUUCCAUGCCUUGGUCGAAACUAAAAGCUGCAUGAUGACUGCAGCAUCAACAUUUGCUUAUAAAAAAAUUGACAACGAUCAGUUCACAACUUUGGGGGUGAAGUGUUUUUUCUUGCCGCAGACACAAUCUUUGAGGAUAAACAUCUUUGCAGGGUUUAAAUAUUUUCAUGCAGCCUUGGCCGCUGGAAUUAUGCAGCAUAUCGACGAAGCUGGAAUUGUAAAGAGGUGGAUAGUUUUGGAUGGUUAUGCAAAAAUGUUGAUGAUGUACACAACACAAAAAGCAGAGUUUGAGGAGGUCGAUGAAUUUCAUAAACUGGAUUUAGCAUCACACCUCCAAAUACUAUUUUAUUUGUGGAUGAUUGUAUUGUUAUUGUCGACGUUUUGUUUUGUCGGUGGAUUUGCAUAUGCAGUCGGUGCACGCGAAUUUUUUGUAUCAAUCUUUGACUAUGUAUUUUAAUCGCACGUAAUAAAUAAAUUUUUAUAUCCUUGUUCCUUGCUCGACGACUUUUCACAAGUGAACAGAAGGAAGCGAGAAGUAAUGAAUAUUUUUGGUAGGUGUUUAUGUGUACACAUGCCUCUAAUUAUUUCUAUAUUAGGUUUAUCAUUACUCAUAAUCUCUAUACUUUGCAAAUAUAAUGACAGAAUUGAGACAUAAUAAAAACAAACCUGUCAAGUAUUUUAUUUUCUAGUACAAAAAAUAAAAACCAUGCUUUUAAAUAUAUGUAACAUUUUCCUCAUGUGCACGUAUUUGAGGGGUAUAUGUACGUAAAGUGGGCGUAUAUGAAUGUAAAGGUAAUCCAGCUCAAGAUUGAUAGCACUUCAAGGUUACCGUGAAAGUGAAUCGUCGCAUAGGUUUUGGAAGAUGCCGUUGUGUUAACACAAAUUUCAUCAGUUCCAGACGUCUAAAAUUUUCCAACUAGGCUAUAAAGAUAAGACUGGCCUUUUUG